AUGAGAAUCCUCGCAUUUUUCUACGAUUCCCGCUCCCCCGUCCCGAUGGCGUUGGCCGGAACCCCGAGGGGGCGAAAGCCGCCCAAACCGGAGAAAGCGCACAAGGUCAGCGUGAUGGCGGUGGCCGAGGGAGACCCGCAGGAUACCGACCAGCAGCCCGGACGAUUGAUGCCCGACCACUACGUGCUGAAGAAUCAGUUUCGGAUUCUUGGGCAAGUCGGCGCCGGCAGCUUCGGCCAAAUCUACCGGGCCCGCGUCCUCUCAAAUGAUAAAGACCUCGAAGUAGCCGUGAAAGCAGUGGUCCGUCAGCAACGCGCCACCGAGGCGAAACGAGCCGUCCUCGAGCAGAAGAUCCUCCGCGACCUCUCCGGCAUGCCCAACUUUCCCAAGCUGUACUCGAGCGGCAAGGAGACGAUCGGCCAACGGACGUUCAACUACAUGGUCAUGGACCUGCUAGGACCGAAUCUGGCCGAGUUGCGGAAGCGGAGACCGGAACAGAGACUGGAGGCCGUCACCGUCUACCGCAUCGGACUUCAGGGCCUCAAAGCCAUGGAGGUCUUCCACAAAAAGGGAUAUGUACACAGGGACAUCAAGCCACACAACAUGUGCAUCGGCCAACGCGGCGAGAAGCAGCGCAUCAUCUACCUGCUCGACUUCGGCCUCGCCCGGGAAAUUCGAGACGCCAAAGAAAAUCACCCACGCCCCGGCGCCCCCGACCAUGAUGCGCCAGGUGACGGCGACCCGCUCGGCGUCCGCCGGUCCCAUGAGCACCUACCUCGCACCGCAAUAUCUACCCAAAAAAUCGGAACGCGUCAUGACGAAGAAGAAGCCCCGGAUCCUGCCCAACGACAAGAAACCCCGUUAAAGACCGGCAUCCCUCGAUCGGCUGCUGUCCAGCACUUUAAUGAAACGAUGGUCAGCCGUUUUGCCGAGACCAACACCCAAAUGGACAGCAUCAUGAGCCAGAUCCAGGACAAGCUGGCCAUCGCCCGCCACUCCGGCAAGGACAUCGAGGUCAAGGUGGGUGAGGAUCGAUCUGCGCUCGAUGGGCCCGUGCGAGCCGUUGCCCCAGUUCAGCCGCCGCCAGGAGCAGCAGCACAACUUUGCCGCUGCCGCACCCCGGUCCCGCCGCUCCGUCUCCAAGGCGAGCGCGAAUCGCUGAAGCGUCUGGCCGGCCAGGGCGAGGACCAGCCGACGGAGGUCAACCGUGGCCCUCGUGGCUGGGACUGGGGCCAGCCGUCCAAGGUCGACUCGCAGACGACCAUCUACGAGAACGCGUCGAUCGUCGAGAAGAAUAACACGACCCCGCCUCCCCCGCCGCCGCCCAUCAAGGCAAGC